GUUGUCCUCAUGAGUGCUCCAGUGGAGAAUGUCCAUGAUCUUCUUUGCCUGCGUGGUGCGGGUGAGGGAUGGGCUUCCCCUCUCAGCCUCCACGGAUUUUCAUUUCAACCGGGACUUUCUAGAAUGCAGGAAGAGAUUAAAGGCAUUAUCAUCCGUUCUGGCACAGUAUCCAAGUCGAGGCACAGCAAAAGGACGUGACCUUACCAUACAUUUUCUUUCCUCUGGAGAUAUUGCCUGCAUGGCAAUCUGUUCCAGCAAUUACUCAACUGUCAUGGCGUUUUGCUUCCUGGAGGAGCUUCAGUGGGAAUUUGCCGCUUCCUAUGAUACAACAAGCAUCAACUUAGCUUCCAGACCAUAUGCUUUUCUUGAAUUUGAUAAUGUUAUUCAGAAAGUCAAGUGUCAUUUUAACCGUGCAAGCAGCUCUCAAAUGAGGGCCAACUGGGAGAAGAUGCAGGAGGAGCUGAAGUUCCAGCCCCCGGUGCAGCUGAAGCUGGAGGACACGGAGCUGAUGAACGGGGUGACUAACGGUGGCCACGCAGAAGUUCAUGUGGAGGUUGCCCCCACGUACCGAAUGCAGCGUGUGACUCCACUGGGGAUUCUCUCCCUCGUUCUGAACAUCAUGUGUGGAGCUUUGAAUCUCAUUCGAGGCGUUCACCUAGCAGAGUACUCAUUUCAGGAAGACCAUGAAGGACUUGGAAAUGUGAUUGCUUUUUUUCUACCUUUUAUAGCCUGUGUUUUUCAGUGUUACUUGUACCUCUUCUACAGCUCUGCAAGGAAGACGAAGACGUUUGUGCUCUUCUUCUCUGUGUGUGUGUGCAACAUUUACUUGUACGGACUGCGGAACCUCUGGCAAAUAGCCUUCCACGUGGGAGUAGCAUCUCUUUCUUCCCAUCAGAUACUGACACGGCAGCUGAUGGAGAAACAGCCCGAUUGCGGCGUAUGAAAAAGAUCUCGCGUUUGCCACACUCUUUUUACAACUUUUUUUUCUUGUAUUU